AAUUUCGACUGAUCGAAACCCUAGCCCUAGGCCACCGGACGCGGCGACGCCGGCGAGCCCGCGACUGCGACCUUCGCCUCGACGACCGCUCAUCGUCGCGCUUCAACUAGCCGGGGAAGGCAAGGCGGAGCAGCGGCGGCGGCAAGAAGACCGCAGCAAGGCGGUAGAUAUGGCGACGGCUGGGGCCAGCAGCUUUGAGGACGAGAUCAUGGAGUCUGACAUUGAGUUGGAAGGUGAAGCUGUUGAGCCAGAUAAUGACCCUCCUCAGAAGAUGGGAGAUCCAUCUGUUGAAGUCUCCGAUGAGAAGCGUGACCAGGCGCAGCUGUGCAAAAACAAAGGCGUCGAUGCAUUUUCAGAAGGUAAAUUGGAUGAAGCUAUUGAGCAUCUGACAGAGGCUAUUGUACUGAAUCCGACUUCAGCUAUCGCCUAUGCAACUAGGGCUGUUAUUUUUGUGAAGUCAAAGAAACCAAAUGCAGCUAUUCGUGAUGCAGAUGCAGCAUUAAAGAUUAAUCCAGAUUCUGCUAAAGGAUAUAAAUCACGAGGGAUGGCAAAAGCUAUGCUUGGGAAAUGGGAAGAGGCUGCUCAGGACCUUCGCAUGGCAGCAAAAUUGGAUUAUGAUGAAGAGAUUGGAGCAGAACUUAAGAAGGUUGAACCCAAUGUACUCAAAAUUGAGGAGCACAGGAAAAAAUAUGAAAGAUUACGUAAAGAGAGGGACAUUAAGAAAGCUGAAAUGGAAAAACAGCGUAAACAUGCAGAGGAGGUCUCUGCUGCUUCUGCUGCUCUGAAGGAUGGUGAUGUGAUCGCUAUCCACUCAUCCAGUGAGCUGGACACAAAGCUGAAGGCAGCCUCAAGCCUGUCUAGGCUUGUGGUUCUCUAUUUCACUGCAGCAUGGUGUGGGCCAUGUCGUUUUAUUGGACCUGUUUGCAAAAGCUUAGCUGAAAAGCACCGGAAUGUUGUUUUCCUUAAGGUGGACAUCGAUGAACUAAACAGUGUCGCAUAUCGCUGGAACGUCUCCAGUGUUCCAUCAUUCUUCUUUGUGAGGAAUGGAAAGGAGAUCGAUAAAGUUGUUGGUGCUGACAAGAAUGGCCUUGAGAGGAAAGUUGCUCAGCAUGGAUCAUCCUAAACUAACCUCAAGACAACAUAGAAGAGGAGGCGAUAGAGGACACCCCAUGCAAGCAGGAUGGCAACAUCAACCCAGAUGCUGUCAAUGGUGAUGUCCAGUGUGGAGAGCACGUCCUGCCCCAUCAACGGGCACGCCGCGUCGCUGGCGUUGAGCUCCCGCCGGAGGCUGCUGGGCUUGAACCCCCCGAGCGGCCCCGGCGAGAGGUCGGCGCGGUCGCCGGCGUAGCACCGGCCCCCCUUGAACUCGCUCACCAGCAGCGCCUCGAACGGGUACUUGAUCGCGGAGGCGUAGUGCAGCCACCUCCACCCCACCGGGAUGAGCGUCCGCUUGAGGAAGAAGCCGCAGGUGAGGAAGAAGAGCGCCGUCGUCGCGAUGACGACGGCGUAGCCGGUGAUGUAGCUGGGGACGAGCGCCGAGACGAGCAUGACGUAGGCGUUGGUGGUGAUGAGGGAGGCGAAGAGGAUGACCCAGAAGUGGAGCAGGCUGCUCUCCAUCCGGAGCAUCAGCUUGGUGAUCACGGCGAAGGUGAGCCCUUGCACGGCGAAGAAGGGGAGGUAGACGACGAGGGAGGCGACGACGUAGGACGACGCCCUGUAGGCGUUGUGCGACCGCUCCCGGAUGAAGAUGAACCGCUCCUGGAUGAAGGUUGGCACGGCGUCGUUGGAGGAGAAGAAGACGAGGCAGACGGCGAAGAUGUAGAAGUUGAGCAGCCGGUUCACCGUCGGGACGUCGCCGGCGCCGAGGCGGCGGAACAUGGUGGAGAGGAUGACCGCCAUCGCCGCGAGCACCACCUCCCUAGAGAGGAACAGCUCCGGCGUGCGCACCACGUUGAGCACCGUGCGCCACGACAGCACCGCCACCUCCCGCGGCCACGGGUUGGCGAACUUGGGACGAUGGCCGCCGUUGUAGUCCUCUUCCGGCGCGUCCAGCGGCGGCUCCAGGUCAAGCUCGUACUCGUGGUACGUCGGCUCCUCCGGCUUGAACACCGGCACAUGUGGAGACGGAGGCGGAGGAGGCCGCCGCUGCGGGUUGUUCUGCGGCGUUGGCGUCAUUGUCACGGCGCGGCCACGCUGGAAGCUCGACACCGGCGUUCUCGCCGGUGUCCAUGUCGGCCGCCGGUGCGGCGUGCUCCCGGUGACGCCAUGGUAGACCCAGACCGAGAAAUCCUUGUAGAACUGUGACGCCAGCCUCGGCUGGUACCCCGAAGCUGGACCGCCGGCGUGCAUCGGCGUCUGCAACUUCCUCUCGAGCGAAUUAUCAAAAUCCUCAUCGUCGUCAUCGCCGCCGCCAUCGACAUUGUACGACGACUCGAAGUUGGAGAAGGUGUUGCCAUUGGCGGCGCCGCUGUUGAGGGAGAACUGGUUGCUCUUGAGUUGGAUCUGCCUGAACUGCACCGACUUCUGGUGCGGCGUUCUCGGUGUUCUUGGCACCGGAGUUUUCGCGGCGCCGUCGGGUUUCGUGCCGUCCCUCUGGUAGGCAACCAGAGGCUCAAGCCCCGAUGUUGAUUCAUCGUACUCCUUGAUGACAUCCAGGAGAUACUCAAUGCUGUUCUCACCAUCCGGCACCGGCCUGCCAAAUCCAGCCAGGUGUGUUUGCAGUGUGCUUGGGCUUCCUAGGUAGAUCAACCUUCCCCUGGAUGAAUCAAUGACAGUAUUUUUAAAUUGAACAAAAAAGGAAUUUUGGAAGCAAAAGACAAUUCUAGACCUAGGCAGAUACUUCCUCCGGUCAUUCAGACAAGAUUUGGUCAAACUUUUAAAAUUAGACACUAACAAUUUGGAAUACUAUCUAUAACUCGUUUCGUUUCAGUCUAUAAGGUUUUAACUUUGGUGAAAGUCAAACUGUUUUAAGUUUGACCAAGUUUAUAGACGAAUAUAGUAAUAUUUAUAUUACCAAAAUAAUUUUAUUAAAUUAAUAAUUAAAUAUAUUUUAAUAAUAAAUUUAUCAUGAGUAAAAAAUAUUACUAUUUUUUCUAUAAACUUAAUCAAACUUGAAGCAGUUUGACUUUGACCAAAGUCAAAACAUCUUAUAACCUGAAACGGAGGGAGAAAUAGUUUUGUCACCUUGCGAGGAUGACAAGCCUGUCAAGAAGCAUCUGGAUCCUGAAAGAUGGCUGGUGAAUCGUCAUGAGCACAAUGCUCCCUCCUCUGGCGAUGUCCUUCACCUUCUCCACCACGCUGUGCGCGCUGGUGGAGUCGAGACCGGAGGUCGGCUCGUCGAGGAAGAGGAGGGAAGGUUUGUGGAUGAUGUCUAUGCCGAUCGACACCCUCCGGCGUUCCCCACCGGAGACUCCUCGGGUCCCUUCAUCCCCAAUGUACGUGUGAGCCGUUGUCUGCAAUUUGGCACACAGAUUGUCAGUAAAAAUGAGCAAGCUGCUAACCUAGCUUGUAGAGUAUAACCAGCUACAAUUCUGUCGAUAUUAUUUGUUUAAUGGUCAGAUUAGAGAGAUUUUUACGGUUCUAAGGAUACCGUAUUUUUUUAAUGUAAAAUUUGGUAUCUCUCGGUAUUAAA